ACGGAUGGUUUAUAUAGCAGAGGGUGUGAGCGCAGCGCAUUACCACCGAGGCGUCCUGCGCAGCUCAAGUUGAAAGCUGCGGAUCUUCGCCGCCACUCAUUCAGGGAAGAAGAGCAAAAGCCGCAUUUUCAGACAUAGAUAAUGACUUCUCUGAACGCAUGAACUUCGGCACUCGCAUUUCUUCCUGCCGUUUAAACCCACAGGCUCAAACAUACUUAGAUUAAGUUGUGUACCAGCAAAGAGAGCGCACAGGGGACACACCAUGCACUGUCAAGCCGAGCUGAGGCUCUCCUCCCCCGGGCAGCUGAAGGCGGCCAGGAGGCGCUACAAGACUUUCAUGAUUGACGAGAUCCUCUCCAGAGAAACUUGUGAUUACUUUGAGAAACUUUCUCUGUACUCCAUGUGUCCUUCUCUCAUCGUUCGACCAAAGCCUCUUCAUUCAUGUUCAGGUUCGUCGACACUGCGUUCCUACCCGCUGCUCUCGGUGAUCACGCGGCAGCCGCCCAAUGUGCAGCCCCACCUGCCGCAACCGUCCUCCCCGGGCACGGUAUCCUCGCACCUGCCCCUCAUGUCCCCGCAGCUCCCACGAGGGUCUGAACCCUCACCCAGUCAGACGCCCCUCAGCAUCAGCAGCGAAUCAGAGACAGAGAGCAGCACGCCCCGCCUGAAGAAGCCCCGCCGCAGCCGCACCAUCUUCACUGAGCUGCAGUUGAUGGGACUCGAGAAGAAGUUCCAGAAGCAGAAAUACUUGUCCACACCUGAUAGAUUGGACCUGGCUCAGUCCCUGGGUCUCACACAGCUUCAAGUGAAAACAUGGUACCAAAACAGACGUAUGAAAUGGAAGAAAAUGGUGCUCAAAGGAGGUCAUGAGGCCCCGACCAAGCCCAAGGGAAGACCAAAGAAGAACUCCAUUCCUACCACGGAGGAAAUAGAGGCUGAAGAGCGAAGACUGAAGAUGGAGGAAGAGGAACAGAUGAGGAGGGCAUCUGAUGAACCUCAGGAUCUCAGUUCAGAAACUCACAGUCCAAGCAGAGCAAUUGAGGGAUCGGAGCAGGAGCAGCAGCCACUCCUAAUGUCAGAAACUCACUUAGCCAGCUAAGCGAGAAUAAACCAACCAAAGACUAAUGCCAACCUGAAAACAAAUAGUGCCUCAGGAUCAGUGUACAAAGCUUGUUUGGUGUAUAGAGUCGUUUGCUUUAGCAGGAUGACUGGAUUCACUUUGAUGGUGCCCAGUCAGUACCAAUGCACCCAUGUAUGUUUUAGUGUACUGGAAAAAGUAUUAUAGAACAUAACACUAAUACACACUGAUUGGACUGAUAAUCUUACAGCCGUUUUGGUUCAUAUUGUAAAGGAGGGUAAUUUUGUUAAACCCAAAACAGGUCAGUCAAGCUUUUAUCACAACAUGAUGACUAUAUCAAAUGCUCAACUAGCUUGCACACACCUCUCAGCUUACAAAGCUGUCAGAUAUCCAACACUGCCUUAUAAUAUUAAGUCUAUGUGUCUUUGUAUUAAUAACCAACUGCCAAAAACUGUUAAUAUGUGCCUUGUUGGUUUCAGAGGAAAGCUUUUAUUUGUUGGUAAUAUAACCAUCAAAGACAGUAUAUUUUUUCAAUCAAGUGCCAAAACUUGGGGACAGAUUUUUACAGGCAAGCAAAUGAAACCUCAGUCUGCAGGUUUAAGUUAUACUGUACAGCUUUGAGCCUCAAAUGUUUCUUUACUGCCAGUAAAGUUUUCAUUUAUAUUUUUAUUUUACAGCUAAAAAAAAACACUUUAUGUACGUAUGUAAACCAUAUUUUUAUCUGCUGUUUGAAUUAGAUUAAUAUACUUAUUAUGUAUAAAUGUUUAAGUCAGCCCCUGAACUGUACUUUUUCUAAGGGAGUCAGGAUGAUUUUCAGUUACGAGGGCACUAAGACUCUUAAGCUGUCAUGAUUCAUUGAGGGAAUAAAUCACAGCCUGAGCCAUAAAUACACAGCAAAUGUUGAACAUUUAAAAUCUCAGAGACAUUUUCAGCCUGGAGGCUUUGCAUGAGUACCCCAAUCGGUAUGUUAGACCUGCAUUAACAUAACACUGUCUUCAGUUGCCCCUUAGUGACUUCUCUGUAUCCAUCAAUCUCUCUCUUGUCGAAUACUCACCAUUUUAUGGAGUCACUAUUUGAAAUACAAGAGUUUAUUUGUCUUUGUUCAUAUGAAAAGUGCAGUAUUUUCAGAUGUAAAUUAUGCUUGUCUGGUAAGAUGUGUUGUUGAUUUUUUUAGGUCUCCAUAAAAUUAUUUUUGGUAUAUGCAAGUGUGUGUUUAUGUAUUUAAAUGCACUGAAUAAAACAGCUGUCAUUUAAA